CGUGUGUAUAAUUCAAUCCCCGUGGGACUCAGAGUCUGGCCUCACCCGCAGCUCGGCCGAUUGGCUGACGGUGUCAGCUCCCCGCCCUCCGCACCCCCGCGUCCCAGGUGGCUCAGGCCCCCAGUGGCGAUCUCUGUUUACCGAGAAAGCCGGUCCAGGUGGGGCUCCAUCUCGGCGCUCACUCCCCUCGGGGGCCCCGCCCGCGCAGCAAGCGGGGAGGACACCUGGCCCAGCUGCUCCUUGUCCUUCCCCUCCCCCCACCGCCCGGAGAGGUCGGACGGCGAUGACUCCCAAGCCGGCCGGACCCCCGGACGGGGGCUGGGGCUGGGUGGUGGCGGCCGCAGCCUUCGCGGUGAAUGGGCUCUCCUACGGGCUGUUACGCUCGCUGGGCCUUGCUCUCCCUGACCUCGCGGAGCACUUUGACCGAAGCACUCAGGACACCGCGUGGGUCAGCGCCCUGGCCCUGGCGGUGCAGCAGGCAGCCAGCCCAGUGGGCAGCGCCCUGAGCACCCGCUGGGGGGCGCGCCCCGUGGUGAUGGUCGGGGGCGUCCUCACCUCGCUGGGCUUCGUCUUCUCGGCGUUCGCCCGCAGUCUGCUGCACCUCUACCUGGGCCUGGGCGUCCUUGCCGGCUCCGGCUGGGCGCUGGUGUUCGCCCCGGCGCUCGGGACCCUGUCCCGUUACUUCUCCCGCCGUCGAGUCCUGGCCGUGGGGCUGGCCCUCACGGGCAACGGGGCCUCCUCGCUGCUGCUGGCGCCCACCCUGCAGCUCCUCCUUGAUUCUUUCGGCUGGCGGGGCGCCCUCCUCCUCCUCGGCGCCAUCACCCUCCACCUCGCCCCCUGUGGCGCCCUCCUGAGACCCCUGGUGCUCCCUGACGACCCCCCGGCCCCACCCCGCGGGCCCUUAGCCGCCCUCGGCCUGGACCUCUUCGCGCGCCGGGCCUUCUUGGUGUUCGCCCUGGGCACAGCCCUGGUCGGGGGCGGCUACUUCGUCCCCUACGUGCACUUGGCUCCUCACGCUUUAGACCUGGGCCUGGGCGGGUAUGGGGCGGCGCUGGUGGUGGCGGUGGCUGCGGUGGGGGAUGCGGGCGCGCGGCUCAUCAGCGGGUGGCUGGCGGACCAGGGCUGGGUGGCUCUCUCGCGGCUGCUGGCGGUGUUCGGGGCCCUGACCGGGCUGGGGCUGCUGGCCGUGGGGCUGGUGCCCUUGGUGGGCAGCCGGGAGGGCUGCGAAGGGGCCCUGCUGGCCGCGGCCGGGGCCUACGGGCUCAGCGCAGGAAGUUACGCGCCCUUGGUGUUCGGGGUGCUCCCGGGGCUGGUGGGCGUCGGAGGCGUGGUCCAGGCCACUGGGCUGGUGAUGAUGCUGAUGAGCCUCGGGGGGCUUCUGGGCCCUCCGCUGUCAGGUAAGGGCCCGAGCGAACAGAUCUGCUCGCAACCGUCCUCUGCCCGGGAUCCCAGGCCCCUAAAUUCCUUUCCCCUUCCUCACAGGCUUCCUAAGGGACGAGACGGGAGAUUUCACCGCCUCCUUCCUCGCCUGCGGCUCUUUUAUCCUCUCCGGCAGCUUCAUCUACAUGGGGCUGCCCGGGGCGCUGCCCUGCUGCCGGCCAGCCUCCAGGCCGGCCACGCCUCCCCCCGAGAGGGGGGAGCUGCUCCCAGCUCCUCAAGUCGCCCUGCUUUCCCCUGGAGGCCCCCAGUCCGCUCUGGACACUGCUUGUUGACCACGAGUUCGAGCCCCACCCCCAGCAAAGAAUUUCUAUCCAGUUUCUUGCAAGUUCCAACUGUUAGCCAAUCUGGGAGGAUGAAAACAUUCCUUCUACGUAAGAUAUUCAAGGGGGCCCCGGGGGGGCUCCAUCAGUUAAGCCUCUGACUCUUGACGUCACUCAGGUCAUGAUCUCAGGGUCAUGAUCUCAGGGUCCUGAGAUUAAACCCUCGAGUGGGCUCCCUACUGGGCAUGCAGCGUGCUUAAGAUUCUCUCUCUCUCUCUCUCUCUCUCCCCCUCUGCCCUUCUUCCACUGUCACUCUUUUUCUCUCUCUCUCAAAAAACAAUAAAAACACAGGGAAGCUCGGAGAAGUUGCCUACCUGUCAGCUUCAGUGUGUUGGGAUGAGGGCUCAGGAGGGAGGGGGCCAUCUGCCCCAUCCGGACCCCCCAGCUAACCCCUCCCUGCAUUUCAGGCUCCUUCCCCUAGCCCGAGGAAAAUGCUGGACCGGACUUCAGCUCUUGCUGUAGCAGCUCCUUCUCCCAAGCCACCCUCCCACCCCUGUGUCCUCACCACUGUCCUCUAAGUCUCUGGAGACAGUAGGAAAGGGGAGGUCUGCGGGCCAGACGGAGGGGGUGUGGUCCAGACAGCAGAGUCCAGGGUUAAAGUGGGGACCUUCCCUCCACUUCUUAGCCACGAGCCCACUUGGCCAACCCAAGCACACAGGCCCCAGCUCUUUUUGAGGUCUGAUG